AUUUUCACAUUAGAAAUAGAUGCAAUAAGAAAAGUACCCAAAUUUCGUGAAUUUGCCAUUUUUUUCUGCCCCCUUGAGCGACGAGUCAGAUGAACACAACACACGCAAAUUCAAGAAGCGGUUCGAAUUCUGAUGCUCGCUUCCGAGCUACAAAUCUUAUUGAAUAAGAAAUGCUCUGUGAAUGUAAAACAGGCAAGUCAAAUCCAUUCCCGAAUUAUCGUCAAUGGGCUUCGACAUCUCGAGACUCUCUUGGUUCGUCAAAUCACUCGUUCUGAGUUCACUUGUGCCAGAAUUGUAUCCUGUUAUCUCCAACGAAUCCUUCGCCAUUCGCAAAAUCCAGAUGCCUUCUCGUGGGGUUGCGCCGUUCGGUUCUUUUCCCAGAACGGCCAAUUCGUCGAAGCUUUCUCUCAUUAUGUUCAGAUGCAGACAUUGGGACUACAUCCGAGCACAUUUGGUGUAUCCUCCACUCUGAGAGCUUGCGCUAGGAUUAUGUGCAAGUUUGGUGGGAGUUUUGUUCAUGCUCAGGUUUAUAAGUUUGGGUUCUGUCGCUGUGUUUACGUGCAGACCGCCCUUGUGGAUUUCUACUCAAAACUGGGUGAUAUGAGUUUUGCUCAGAAGGUGUUCGAUGAUAUGACUGAAAAAAAUGUUGUUUCGUGGAAUUCAAUCUUGUCUGGUCAUGUUAAAAUUGGGAACUUAGUUGACGCUCAGAAAGUGUUCGAUGAAAUGCCCGAGAAAGAUGUUAUAUCUUGGAAUUCAAUGUUGUCGGGAUUCGCCAAUUCUGGAAAUAUGGAUGAAGCGUCCUGUUUAUUCCAGCAGAUGCGGGAGAAAAGUUCCGCUUCUUGGAACGCAAUGAUCAGCGGUUACAUGAACUAUGGAGACAUAAAGUCAGCAAGAAACCUGUUCGAUGUAAUGCCUCAAAGAAAUAAUGUUUCCUGGAUUACAUUGAUUGCUGGGUAUUCGAAGCUUGGGGAUGUUGGGUCUGCUCGUGAGCUCUUUGACAAGAUGGGUGAGAAAGAGCUUCUUUCUUUUAACGCCAUGAUUGCUUGUUAUUCACAAAAUAGCCUACCAAACGAAGCAUUAGAGUUGUUCGACCAAAUGCUUCAACCCCAUGAGAAUAUCCAACCGGAUGAGAUGACUUUUGCUAGCAUUAUAUCUGCUUGUUCUCAGUUGGGUAAUUUGAAUUAUGGUAGUUGGGUUGAAUCGUAUAUGGAAAAGCUAGGGAUUCAAUUGGAUGAUCAUUUGGCUACUGCUUUAGUAGACUUGUAUGCAAAAUCUGGAAACAUCAAAAGGGCGUUUGAGCUGUUCGAUGGUCUGAAAAAGAAGGAUUUAGUUGCUUAUUCAGCUAUGAUCUUUGGAUGUGGGAUAAACGGUAAGGCAUUCGACGCAAUCGGGUUAUUUGGAGAGAUGCUAAGUGUGAACAUCUGCCCGAAUCUAGUGACAUAUGCUGGCCUUCUUACAGCGUAUAACCAUGCUGGUUUAGUUGAUGAAGGCUACCUUUGCUUCUCCUGUAUGAAGGACCAUGGACUUGAGCCAUUGGCCGAUCAUUAUGGAAUCAUGGUGGACCUGUUGGGCAGGGCAGGGCGGUUAGAAGAAGCACAUGAGCUUAUAAAUAGUAUGCCAAUGCAGCCUAAUGCUGGUGUCUGGGGAGCCCUUCUCCAUGCUUGCAGGUUACAUAACAAUGUUGAGCUCGGUGAGAUAGCGGCUCGGAAUUGCUCGAAGUUGGUGACCGAUACAACCGGUUAUCGGUCUCUUCUAGCCAAUAUUUACUCUGCUGUGGAGAGGUGGGAUGAUGUUAAGAGGCUGAGAAAAACCAUGGGAAAUAAAGUAUUUGCCAAGAUAUCUGGGUGUAGUUGGAUGGAGCACUCUGAAAUUUGAAUAUCCUUCGCAUUUUGCUCGGAACAACCUUCUCCGACGAGAAAACAGAGGUAUUAAGUAGGGUUAGAAAGAUUUGAAUCUUGAAUAAAAAUUUUAAAACAACUACAUUUCGUAGUAUUAGUUUAUUUAUAUUUUGUUCUCUUUACAGCCAAAUCUCGAGCGAUAUUAAUGACAAGUUUGCAUAUUGGAAAUGAGAACAUAGUCAUAAUUCUCAUGCCUGUCCUGUUCCUAAUAUUUGAAUCUUUGAUCAUUAGUUUGUGA